AUGAGUAGUCCCAAGAGGAGGAUCGAGACCGAUGUACCCCUCAGGCUCAUGAGUGACUACGAGGUGACUCUGGUCAAUGACAACAAAUUCUACGUCCGCUUCAAAGGCCCUGAAGAGACACCCUUUCAAGGCGGCCUCUGGAAAAUCCACGUCGAAUUGCCCGAUCAGUAUCCCUACAAGAGCCCGAGCAUAGGCUUCGUGAACCGCAUUUUCCAUCCCAACAUUGAUGAACUGUCCGGCAGCGUUUGCCUCGAUGUCAUCAACCAGACCUGGUCGCCAAUGUACGACAUGAUCAAUAUUUUCGAAGUCUUUCUCCCACAGCUGUUGCGGUAUCCGAACCCGACAGAUCCGCUGAACGGCGAGGCUGCCGCUCUGCUGAUGCGCGAGCCGAAAGGCUACGACGCCAAAGUCAAAGAAUACGUGUCAAAGUACGCCACAAAGGAGCACGUCGACGACGCCGGGCACGACACGGACGAGAGCGACGAGAUGAGCAGUGUGGGGAGCUACGAUGAGGAUGAGGACGAAGAGCCGGCGGGGACGAUGGAGGAGGUGUAG